GCAGAAACAGGGGGCGGGGAAAGGAUGCGGGUAGCGGGUGAUGACAAGCUGCAUCAUUUAGAGCAUCACGUGGCAGAAGAUGACUUUCUCUGAGGAUGAUGUGGAUAUUUACGUAUGUUUAUGUUUUUUCCAUGAGAUUUGAAGCAGCGGUGUGAUUCCUCGGAGGAGAGGCGGUGUGGGUUUGCUGUCUACCUCAGCUGUUUCUCCCUCCGACGGGGCUCUCUGCUCAUCCGACGCAGGGAAGAGAGGGCAGAGUGAAGGAGAGAGGGGCGAUGGCUGCCGGUGGAGCAGGAUGCGGGGACACGGUGGAGCAGUGCCGGGCCGAGGUGGAGCGCCUAACACGGGAGCUGGCGGAGGCCAACCGCGAGAAGGUCCGAGCGGCCGAGUGCGGGCUGGUGGUUCUGGAGGAGAACCAGAGCCUGAAGCAACAGUACGCCGAACUGGAGGCCGAGCAGGAGGCGCUGAGGUUGGAGCUGGAGCAGCUGCAGGAGGCAUUUGGCCAGGCCUACUCCACCCAGCGUAAGGUAGCAGAAGAUGGAGAGACCAACGAGGAGACACUGCUGCAGGAGUCUGCCACUAAGGAGGCCUACUACAUGAGCCGCCUCCUGGAGCUCCAGUCAAAUCUGAAGCACAGCCAUGCCGUCGCCUCCAGUGCCCAGGCCGACAAUGAACAUCUGAGCACUGUGCUGCAGGAGCUCAGGGAGAGUAAUGAGAUGUUAGAGCUGCAGCGCAGCCGGAUGAGAGAGGAAAUCAGGGAAUACAAGUUUCGAGAGUCACGGCUGCUCCAGGACUACACUGAGCUGGAGGAGGAGAACAUCUCUCUGCAGAAACUGGUGUCAACACUGAAACAGAAUCAGGUGGAGUAUGAAGGCCUGAAGCAUGAGAUCAAGGUCCUAGAGGAGGAGACAGAGCUUCUCAACAGCCAGUUACAGGAUGCGCUGCGUUUGAAGGACAUCUCCGAUGCCCAGCUGGAGGAAGCUCUGGAGUCUCUGAAGAGCGAGCGUGAGCAGAAGAAGCACCUGCGCAGGGAGCUGGUCCACCACCUCAGCAUGUGUGACGUGGCCUACACCGGCAGUGCUCACCUAAUGUUCACCUCUGCUCCGCCCAGUGGCACAGCCACCCCGACAACUCUUCUUUCCCCAAAUGCAGAAGAGCCAACAAGGUGUAAUGGCCACCUCCAGAGCAAAACAGGAGUGGGGACAGCUGCAGGGUCACUGCCCAAGGCUAACGGAGAGUGUCGAGGACCAGGUCGAAAAGCUGAGGGAGUGGCAACAUCAGACCUCUUCAGUGAGAUGAACCUGACAGAAGUCCAGAAGCUCAAGCAGCAAAUAAUAACAGUUGAACAUGAGAAAGUAGCACUGAUGGCCAGCCUGCAGGAGUCCCAGACUCAGCUCGAACACACCCAGGGGGCCCUGACCGAGCAGCAUGAAAAGGUCCUCCGCCUUAGCCGGAAAGUCUCUGUCCUCCGCCGCCUGCAUCGUAGGGCCCACCUGAACCAGGAAGCUCACAGCAGCUUCACCUCUCAGCUCAACACCGAGGCACUGAUGGACCUGGACCAAGAUGAGAAGGAGGCUGAAGAUGAAGGAGGAAGUGAGGAGGAUAUGAGUGAGACACUGAACAAAAGUCAGGUAUUUUCAUACCAAACACCAGGCCUAGAAAUCCUUCAGUGCAAGUACCGUGUGGCUGUGACAGAGGUGGUGGAGCUAAAGGUAGAGGUUAAAGCCCUCCGUGAGAGGCUCAGUCAGUGUGGAGAUGGAGCAGCGGAGAUGAAGCCAAGGCACAAAGGUCAGCUCCAGAAGCUGGAGAGCCAGGUUGCCUCACUGGAGAAGAGCUGCCAGGAGGGACGGAAGAAGAUUUCUAGCCUGGAGAUGGAGUUGCAGGCAUGUCAGUCAGCAGCCAGUGAGAGCCAGGGGGCAUUGAACGCGGCUCAGGAUGAGCUGGUGACACUGAGUGAGGAGCUUGCCCAGCUCUACCAUCACGUCUGUCUGUGCAACAAUGAGACGCCCAAUCGUGUCAUGCUGGACUACUACAGACAAGGCAGAGGGCUAAGGGGGCUCAGUGCAAGUCUCAAAGCCAUGUCUUCAGACAACAGCAAAGUUCUCCUCACACCACGCCUUGCCAGGCGCCUCGCUGCUGUUGCUUCAAUAACCUCAACUCCUGGGGAGUUGCAGAGCCCCUCAGAGUCUCCAUCCAAAGAGCCCCUCUCUAGGGAGAGUGGGGGGGGGGAAAAGGAGGGGGAGAGGGGGGGCCUGCAGGUGCCACCUGAGCAGAGCCUGCCACCCUGCACACCUCCAACUCGCUCACCCAGCAUCAGUGCCUCUUCAUCAUCGUCAUCAUCUUCAUCACCUGCCCUGGAGCCAGCCGGUGAGCUGCGCAGGGAGCCCAUGAACAUCCACAACCUCAAUGCCAUCAUCAGAGACCAGGUGAAGCACCUCCAGCGGGCAGUAGAUAGGUCUCUGCAGCUGUCCAGACAGAGAGCUGCAGCCAGGGAACUGGCCCCUCUGCUGGACAAGGACAAGGAGAGCUGCAUGGAGGAGAUCCUGAAACUCAAGUCUCUGCUCAGCACCAAGAGAGAGCAGAUAGCCACCCUCAGACUAGUGCUCAAGGCUAACAAACAGACAGCAGAGGUGGCUCUAGCCAACCUGAAGAGUAAGUAUGAGGCAGAGAAGUACAUGGUGACUGACACCAUGAUGAAGCUGAGGAAUGAGCUGAAGGCCCUGAAGGAGGAUGCUGCCACUUUUUCUUCUCUGCGAGCUAUGUUUGCUACCAGGUGUGAUGAGUAUGUGACCCAGUUGGAUGAGAUGCAAAGGCAGCUGGCUGCAGCUGAGGAUGAGAAGAAGACUCUGAACUCCCUUCUGCGGAUGGCCAUCCAGCAGAAACUGGCCCUCACCCAGCGUCUGGAAGAUUUGGCCUUUGAUCAAGAGCAGACCCACUGCACCCGUAGGAGCAGGCUGAUCCGUGGGAAGACCAGCACGCCCAAAGUAAGUUCCCCGGUCUCGGCUUCGGUCUCCAACCUAUCCCAAAGUUCUAGCUCAGCUUUGGCUCCUGGCAACCUCCCCUCUUCUGGCCUUAUUAGUCCUAUGCCAGUUCUUCCUGAUGACCCCACUGUACCCCUUAGCCCGUCAAUGGGCAGUGCUGCAGCUGCAGCUAUGGUUUCAGCUCUCACCUCCCCUACCUCACACAUACCCCCUUGCAGUCCAUCAUCACCAAUGGUCGCAUCAUUAGCUGGCCCUCCAGUGCCAGAAAGCCCCCCAUCUCUGGAGGCCCCCUCCUCUCCCUCGCUACGGACACUGCCCUCAACCCCUCUGAGACUAGCUCACUCCCACUGGACCCCGGGAGUACAGACAUUUAUGGUUGACUCACAUGGUUUCAAUGUCAACAUCUCCCCUGCUCUGCCCUGUAACUCAGGCCUCUCCAGACAAUACGCCUCUGAUACAUGCACCUCAACCCUAUCCACCACCACCACCACCACCACUAGGCCCACACAGCCAGGAUCUGCUCCCUCUUCUCCCUAUCGAUCCCCGAUCCUGGGUCGUAGGCGCUCCACAUGGAGCCCCACACCCAGAACUCGGCCCUUCUCUAGCCUGACACGUUCUUCUGUCCUUUACACUCCUUCCUCAUCCUACCCUUAUUCCCCUUCCUUCUCCCACAAUUAUUCAUCUGCCUACUACAGCUCCUCUACUUCACUUCCCACCUCUAGCUCAUACCUCACCUCUGGCACCGCCACCUCUUACAGCCACUCAACCCACUACACGCCCCUCUACCCCAGAUAUUCCAGUUCUUAUCGACCCCGCCACUGACCCCCCACUGUAAAUCCUGUACUGUAAGCCUUUGUCAGGCUUUUCUACCAGGCUUCUUUUUGAAACAAUAACUGAAACUCUUUUUUGUCACCUGAGAGUGGGGGCUCACAGAGAGGAGAACAGAGUGGUUUCCUGCUUCCCAGCUCCUGUUUUCCUGUGCCUAAGCCUUGGCCAGUGGGUUCUGAAUGUUCAAUGACUUUGCUCAGGGAUUUGACAUAAGGAGCACAAGCAGCCCCACCUUCCUUUGAUUCUGUGACUGUUGAUUGAUCCACAGGAGGGCAUUAAGAGAGACUUUUUAAUGAGAGAUUUUAGCAUUUAGGUUCUUCAGGUUGAGACUACACAUGCAUGAAGUGAAUAAAAGAGGCAGAGAUAUCCAGACAUUGACUGGACACUUGAUGGACACUUUCACUGGUCAGAAUGAGGGCCAUGACAUUUUAAAUACCAUCCUCUGUAUUCACUGUAAUAUCCACCCUGUUUUAAAUAGUAGUGACUCUCAUAUGCUGUAUACACACAUACAGUAAAUCAGAUGUCUUUCAGUACAAGCAUUCUCCUUUGGUGAUGAGGUACAUGGAUGCUGAAGGGUUCAGUAUGGUUCAAACCAAACGUCAAUGGUACAGCUGGAGCUAGCAACCCACACAUUUGGACAAAAAUCAUUCAUGUAUUGCACUUGGUGACAGUAGUAGUUCUGUGAAAAAAAACAAGGAGCCUGCAAUGUGUUUUACUGAUGCACACCCAGCCACCCCCUGCUGCCAAGUUAGCAUGUUUGCUGGGUUGUUGUAUUGAAGAAUCAUACAAAUCAUCAGAUGCGGCUCCCCCAUUUCCAAACAUAGAAGAGCCUGAGGAGAGGGUGUCAUUGUUCAGUUUUCUUGCAAAAGCUUUGUUUGAAGCAUACUGACCCUACUGACUUUAGUGUUCCAACUUUGAUUUCACUCUCUGAUCUCACAACAGACACACACAGCUUGUAGGAUGAGAGAGCUGUGGAUGAGGAGUUGACAGACUAGUCACUGAGAGACGCUGGAUAUUUUGUCAUCAUG